GCCCAGCUCGGGAUCCCGGGGGACUGCUCCCCUGCCCCUGUCUCUGGCCACCGGACCGGUGCCUUAUUUUAGACGCGGCGACCCGGGCACCUGCUGCCGAGGCCCCCGAUCCUCGCCCAUUGUCCGCAGGCUUUGGUCCCCGGCGAUUUGGAGCGUCUGUCAUGGAGACGGGGGGAGGGCGGGGCGGUGUCCAGGGACGGUGCCCUUUUCCCAGAGGCGGCUCCGGACGCAUCGCCUGCGGGACCCGAGCCGAGGAGCCCCCGCUUUGUCCUUCUUCGGAGGCUCUCCUGCCGCGCAGCGGCAUCUUCUCCGUGUAAAAAGUGGAUAGUGGCUCACAUGUCAAAGGAUGGCACGGUCACGCUCUAGAUCCCCCAGGUGGAGGCACAGGUCUUUAUCACCAGUACCUAGAAAUUCUGAACACUACAAGCAAAGACCUGAGCAUUAUGGCUAUGAAUAUAGGAAGGAUCCAAAAAGACCCGUCACUUGGAGAAUGGACAAUGAGAAACAUGGACAGAGUAAACCAAGGAUUCCUUCUCGUGAAACUAUACAUUACCGAUCUUAUGAACAUAGAUCAUCUUCCCCGAACAUAAGAAGAAACUCUUUAGAAAAUUUUUAUACUUAUAAGCCUCCCCAAGUAUAUUUACCAGGAAGAGGGGAUGAUAGUAACAGAAGAUCUCAGUAUAUGCCCAAAUACUCAGAAGGUGUACUCUACAAGGAGAACCAGAGGAAUUGUUAUCCCCAGAAAGUGCAAGGAAGGUAUUUUCCUGAUGACCACAGAGUUAGAGGAAGUGGAAAAGGAGGGAAACCACCUCUGAGGUCAAUAGCAGAUUCUUUUAGAUUCGAAGGACAGUGGCAUGAAGAUGAAUUGAGGCACCAGAGGAUACAAGACGAAAAAUAUUCUCAGUCACUUAGAAGAGGCUCUGAAGAUUUUGAGAAAAGGAGCUCUUUUCAGACGAGGUAUCCUGAGGAUCGUGAUUUCAGAAAAUAUGGACACACAUCAAAAAGACCUCAAGACGUGGAGAGGUAUGAAAACAGAGAGCCUGCCAGGAGCCCACAGUGGAAGUCCAGGCAUUUUCUCCCUUCUUACCAAGAGAAGAAAGAUCAGUGGAACCUCGGACCCCAAACUCUUCGAUACGCUCCGAGGGAAUUACCAGAGACCAGUUCAGCAGCCAAGGCAUCCUGUGACUAUCGCCACAAACAUCGUAAGACCUCAGAUGGGGACCAGGACUUUUAUGAUGGAAGAACUCAGAAGUACUCUAAGGAGGAAGAUAGAAAAUUCGGUUCUCAAAAAGGCCCUGUAAAUAGAGAGUCCGAUUGCUUUAAUGCUGGAAGAGGGAGAGAGACUGAAGGUGGGCAAGUCAAAGAGCCUUUUAAGCCAUCUAAGAAAGACUGCACUGCCUGCACUCAUUCAAAUAAAAGCGACGUUGGCUUGAGACCCUGUAAUGACAAACGGAAGGACAAAAUAAAGAAAGAAGGGGCUGGCAGAAAAGAGAGCAACUCUUCCCAUAACCGACUUGAUAAGAGUAAAAAACUUUCUGACUCGAAACCUUCAUCUGCCAUUCUUAGGAAGAAAUCACUCACAGUUAAAGUAGAUGUGAAGAAAACAUCCAGGGUUGCUUCUAGCUAUUCCACAGAGAGACAGAUGUCACAUGAUUUGGUUGCUGUUGGCAGGAAAAGUGAAAACUUUCAUCCAGUGUUUGAACAUCUUGACUCAACUCAGAAUACUGAAAACAAACCUACAGGAGAAUUUGCUCAGGAAAUCAUAAGUAUAAUCCAUCAAGUUAAAGCAGAUUAUUUUCCAUCACUUGGAAUUACUCUACAUGAGCGUUUCUCAAAAAUGCAAGUUACACAAGCUGCAGAUGUAAAUGAAUUUAAAUUGAACUCAGAUCCAGAAAUUCACAGGAGAAUAGAUAUGUCUUUGGCCGAGCUUCAGAGUAAACAAACUAUUGUAUAUGAUUCAGAACAGACUCUGGUCAAAAUAAUAGAUCCAAAUGACCUACGACAUGACAUUGAAAGAAGGAGAAAAGAACGGUUACAGAAUGAAGAUGAGCACAUUUUUCACAUAGCUAGUGCUGCAGAGAGGAGCGAUCAGCAUUCCAGUUUUUCAAGGUUGAAGAAUACCCAUGUUGAUGGAUUCCAAAAACCUACAUGUUUGGUAAAAUCAAAUUUUAGAAAAUUUAUUCAGAAACCUUACUUGAAUUAUCAUACUAUGCAGAGAAAAGACGUCAUUACUCACAAACCAUUUGGAAUUGAGGGAAACCAUCAAAAUACAAGAGGCUUUAGAAGAACUUUUAAGACCAACCUUAGAGGUGGCACAUUUCAGCCCCAGUAUAAAUCAGGCCUAGUACAGAAGAGCUUGUGCAUUCAGGCUAAAUAUCAGCGUUUACGGUUUGCUGGUCCAAGCGGAUUUAUCACUAAUAAAUUCAGAGAAAGAUUACUGAGGAAAAAAAAGGAAUAUACAAACAUUGCCCCAGCAAUCUAAUCUGGAAUUGUUACAAAUGGAAAUGACACUACAGGAUGAUAUUUGGGAGCAUCUUUUUGUCAAGAGUUAGAAUUGGCACUAAAGCACUAAUACUGUAACUAUCUUGAUAAAAUAACUUUAUUUUUCCGUAGUGGAAUGCUGCAACUUUUUUACACUUAACAAUUGCUUUUAAAUUACAGUAUUCAAUUUAAAAGUUGUAUUAACUACAGCUUCUUUUGCAAAAAGUCUCAAAAGGGCAUUAUUUGUUGAUGCAUUUUUCUCUGAGCAUGGUUUCAUAGAGAACUGAGUUAUAUCCAGACGUUUCUAUGUUGAAAGUUUUGCUUAUGUAAUAAAAACAAAAACAAAAGUACCUGAAUUGUAUAGUGUCUGUACAUGAAAGAACUUUAAACAGUGGCCUUACGUAGCAAUUUUUAUACCAGAUUUUUCUUUUUCUGAUGACAUUUUGGCUUACAACUUGAAGUUUUCUUAAGCUUCUGAAGAUCAAGGUCUAUAUAAUUCAUACAUUUCAUAUUAUGACAUAAGAAGACGUAGGAAAAGGUGCUUCAAAUUUUCCAUCAGGUAGUUAUGAGUGCACUGAAUUUUUAGUAAUUGGUUUAUUCAGUUUUUUUCCACAACUAUUUGCUCUUUUCCAACUUCAAAAUGCUAUUGUGGAAAAUACAUAAAGAUUUUAUAAUCUGUAUUCCAUCUUACUUUCCCUCAGGGUAAGCUCAUGCAUAUCAUAUUUUUAAAGGCUUUUAAAAAAAACUGACAGACAAAAUCUCAUAUUCAGAAAUUGUACUUUACUACUACAGCAUUACACAUUUUGCAAGCACAUAUUAUAAAGUGUUUAUUUUCAGUUCAGUUGUAUUGAGUACCUACUAUGUGUAAGAUAACAUUGGUAGGGUUUUAAAUGAUAUUUUAGGUCUCAAUACCU